AGUUAGUGAUGUCAGGUAUUAGCUGUUGACGGUUUCAUCCAAUCGGAAGCUUAAACGUCACCAUAGUGACGUCACUAUGAUGACGUUUAAGAUCUCGAUUGGAUGAAGUAGUCAACAGCGUAUACCUGCCAGGAGCAGAGUUGCGAAAAUCGCAGUAUUAGGAAUAUGAUCCCCACACUGUUCUAUAAUGUGAAGUAUAUCAGUACAUGCCACUGCAAGUACUCUAGUUACAGGUUGUAUAGAUUUACAGAUAUAUUACUGUUACGACAAUGACAUUUAAAAGUUGCAUUGUUUUGGUAACUCGUUUUGCGCGGAACGUGAUUUCGUUCUCAUGCGCAGACGACAGUAUAAUCACGGUGUAAGAAAUAUUUCUUACAUUGUGGUAUAAUCGUGUGUACUGAACACGUGGAGGAUCUGUCAAGUACGUCAGCUGAUCGUGGGAAACAUGGCCGAUUUGAAGAAAGAUUUAGACGACUAUCUGUCAAGAAACGAAAAAACUCCUAUUAAAAUCACAGUACCAAAAUUCUUGAAUCCUCCAUCUGUUGGGAAAUGGUUCACAAGAUCGCCAAAUAAUGAGGAAUCUCCUAAUGGAUGGUUUUCAGAAACACAAGGAGACUGUUGUCCUGCCAUGAGCCGAAUGCAGAGGAUAAUGGGAUUUUGUAUAUGUGUGGGCAUGGGAAUUUUAUGCUUCGUUCUGGCAGCACUUUAUACACCUGUGUUACUCUUCAAGGCACGAAAGUUUGCGUUACUGUAUACUUUGGGAAGUCUGUUUCUAAUAUGCAGUUUUGCAUUUCUGUGGGGUCCUAUGAAUCAUAUACGACAUCUGUUCUCCAAAGAACGACUCCCUUUCACAACUGUGUAUUUUGGAACUCUAUUUGCUACUUUAUAUUUUGCACUCAGUGUACAAAGUACACCUUUUACAGUUUUAUGUGCAGUAGGUCAAAUAGUUGCACUUUUAUGGUUUCUGAUGAGUUACAUACCUGGAGGACAAACUGGAUUAAUGUUUUUUACACGGUUAUGCUCAUCUGCUGUGACUAGUACAGUAUCUAAAACACUUCCAGUGUGAAAAUGCGCACCUUGAAGUGAUAUGUUAGUGAAAGGAUUGAGAAAUUUCAAAAACAUUGCGGGGUAAAUGAAGUCUUAUGAUCUGGAGACUUGAUGACAGUUCAGUAUAUAAAGAUUGUUAUUUUCAGACAAGAAUUAUUUUGAAUUUGGAUUUUUCAUUCCAAAAUGAAAAUGUAUUUGAAAUAUAUCAUGUGAUCUGGACACUACAUGUAACACAGUUUUUGGAUAUUUUGUGGAAGAUAAUAUUUUUCAUUGUAUAUUCAGCCUGUUUAGUGUUGAAAGUAAUGCCAAAGUUAUUUGUUAAAAAUGUGACAGCACUUUUAAUUUUGACCCUGUCCUUACAAAGAAGUUUGACUGUGAAUGUUGUAGCAUCUAUAUAAGAACGCUUUUGUAAAAAGUAUCACUUUUAGUGCCGUUUGUAAAAAUGACGAGAAAAGUUGAGAGAAAUUACACUUAAAUUAUUUUAUUACUUAAAUCAAAUUGUAUAGUCAGACAGGAUUGUUGAAAUACAUUUUGUGUUAAAUGGCUUAAGAGAAUAAGACUUAUUUCUAGAAGCAAAUUUAUCAUGCAUGAAAUAAGAGAGAUCAUAAUGUACCAGAACAAUCAUCAGUGUGUUAAAUUAUUGCAAAAGUGUGCAAAUGUGAAUGAUUUUAUAUAUUAUAUUCAUAUUUUUAUUAUAAACACAUACUUUUCUGAUUCCUUUCUUUUUAUUUUAUUUUUAUUUGUUUUUUAAUGUAUAUUUGCGACCGUUUUUGUUAGUUCACGUAGAUUCAUCAUUUAGCUUACCUCCUUUUCAGAGAAAAGAUAAAUUGAGCUUCCAAAUUCUGUUCAAAUUAAUUUUCUACAUACUGAAAUUUGAAUUGCUGAUUUGUGUGUUGAUGUUUUAGGCAUAACUCUACUACUAAUUUUUUUUAUGACAUUGAAUCAAUGGGGAGAAAAGUACCCAAGAUCGUGAAUUCCAAGUCUUUAUGAGCCGGCAUAGGAAAAGUUCUGUGUUUUGAGAAAAUAAGCUUUGAGAAUGUGUUAACACCGGACCUCGGAUAGUCAACUGACCAGUAAAGUUUGUAGAUAUGAUAUUUGAAGAAUAGAUUUGAACCACACUUCUAAUGAUUGUGCUUCAGUGAUUUCCUGACUUAGUCUUGAUACUAGAUAUUUUUCAUUUGAUGGAAUUAAGGUUCAAUAAUGAACGUUGAGAUGAGGUUGCAAAUGAACAACGACAGAAUUCCUAAACAAGUGGCAAAUUAUCAGCCGAGGGGAAAAAGGAAUGUAGGACGUCCAAGAAUGCGCUGGAGGGACUAAAAUUAAGCGGCGUAACAGGCAUUAUGCCCAAAUACUUGAAGAUAAGAAGAAGGUUCAAUAAAUAGAUCUGCAUUGUUUCUACAUCUAUAAAAAGAAAAGAACCAUGCAAUUAGAACAAUCUAUGUAGCAAGUUUAGGUCCUGCUUAAUUUGAGAUAUUAUUAUGAGACUAUUUGGAGUAUGAACUUUAUUUUUUCUUGUAUAUGGUUUGUAUUGAUUAUUUUGAAAGUCUAAUCUGAUCUCAUCUUCAAAAUGUUUGUGAAUUAAAGUAUUUGAAAAAUAUUAAUGUCAAAAUUAAUAAAGGCACAGUAAAAUGCAAUCUAUUUUGUGGACUUCUGCGAAUUAUACACAUAUGUAAAGCUUGCUGACCCAAUAUACAAAGAUUAAUUAUAAGCAAACAAUAAAAAUACAUUUUGUGUUAAUAUAAAGAAAAAAUUCACGAUCAGAAAACAAGCGAGCUGGUCACUAUACCUGUAGGCUUGUGUCUCAAGUAAAAUCCUGGGUGCGAUUCUGUGCUUUGUAUUAAUUUUGACAUGUAAUACUUAUAAAUUGCUUUAAUUGGUUGUUGUUGUUGUUUUUUUGAUAUCCUGAUAUGAGAUUACUCUUGGAUCGUUGAAUACAAACCAUAAGAGAUGAGCAAAUGAAUAAAACUCAUAGUUCAAAUUUAUUGAUGGUUUCAAAUUAAAACAAACGUUAACCUACAAGAUGAACAGUCU